AUGCUCUUCGGCUGGCUCGGCGCCACUCACUCGCAGCUGAAAGAGUAUUCGAUGUUGUACCACGACGGUGGGGCCUGCACCGUGCGCGCCACCGCCAGCAUGCUGGACACCAUGCGGACACCACGGCUUCUCGCGACGGGGCUCGCGAUGCUCCGAGCUGCGGCGGCUCUCCUAGCCUCUCUCCCUCCCUGCACGCCGCUCGUCGUCCACGUCUUCAGCGGCGGCGGCGCCCUGGUGUGGGAGGCCCUCCGCGACGCCAGCUUUGCCGUCGGCGACGGCUGCUUUGACGGCUCCGCCUCCGACGCGGCCCUGCUCCGCCUCCUCCGCCGCCGCGUCCGAGCCGAGAUCUUUGACUCCGCGCCGUGCCGCCCGCUGUUUGGCGCCGCCGCCGUGACGGCGCGGCCCGCGUGCGCACGCUGGCUAUUGCUGCAGCUGCUGCUCGUGCUAGAGCUGCUCUGCCUCGCCCUCCUCUCGCCCUUCUCGUCCCGCCGCCGCCACUUCGAGACGCACUGGCGGCGCGGCGCGGUGGCGGCCGGCUGCGCCUCCCUCUACAUCUACUCGCGCGCGGACCGGGCGUGCCGUGCGGCGGAGCUGGAGCGUGCGAUGCACGAUGCUCUGUCCAUACCCGCGGGUCCAAACUCUAGGCACGGCUCGCUCGGGCUGCUUGGGCCGCUGCAAGGCGCGGGCGCCAGCGUUGCCGCGCGGAACGGCGCCGGCCGGACGCCGCUGCAGGACGGCCCCGUCUACGCGCUCCGCUUUGAGGGCUCGGCGCACGUGCAGCACAUGCGCGCCGGCCCUUCGCGGUACGCCGCCGCGUGUUUGCGUAUGUGCCGCGAGGGGGGGCAGCAGGCGCGUGGCAGCAGCGGGACAGCAGCAGUUCGUAUGGCAUUGACUGCUUGA